GUUGGACUGUAUUGUUCGACUUUUGCUGUCCUGCAAGAGGAAAGCAUGACCGACUCAUUCCAGCAUAUUGCAAGAUUACAAGGUGAAGAAUGACUGAACUCAAUCCAGAAUGGAGAAAGCAAUACAAUUACGGACACCUGGACAGUGAAGAUAUCUAAGGAUUGUGCCAAAAAUGAGUCAUGCGACGAUGUGAUAUCAGGCAUUAUCAAAAAGGAGCUGGAACAGCUAAAGGACAUUCUACUGACAUACUGAGAGUGGACAGUGGGGCGUCGUUAUAAUGCUGGUGUCACACAAUUUUUGACUAAAGAGGUUUUUGUCAAGCUGAGUAGCAGCCUGUUAAUAAACACUGCAGACUAUCUCAAGUGACUCAAAACCAAUGCUUACAAAGCAUCUUCUUAAUAGGAAUGAGAUAAAGGCAUGAAUGUUUUCAUCAAAAACAAAGAACAACUAUGAAAAAUGCCAGUAAGCCAUAAUUUACAAAGAGAGACAGACAGACCAAUACAGCGCACAUAAGCAUUCAUUAAUGCAAAAUCAAAGAAAUUGUGAAGAUCAGACUCCACAUAUUGUUAAAACAAGUUGCUAGACCACAAUCGCUUUUAAAACCAAAUCGUCAAGCAUAUACAGGUGUACCUCAAACAGAUAAAACCUUUGAGAACGAUAAGUAUGAACCUGACCGCCCAUCUUCUGGACCUCAUGCUGAAGGCUUCCAACCUCUCUCGCUGGCAGUUCAUCCAGGAAUUCUCCAUUCCUCCUCUGGUGGCUGUGCCCAGACUCCCCAGCACCCUGCUUCCAGUUUUUGGUCUGCUCUACGUGCUCAUCUUUGGGCUUGCGGUGGUGGGAAAUGGGGCGUUGCUGGUUCUCUUAUGUCGCAGGAAAGCUCUGCAGUCUCCCAGCACCUUCUUCAUUUGUUCAUUGGCACUCAGUGACCUCCUGAUAUCCAUAGUGUGUGUUCCUGCCACACUGCUGCAGCACUUCUACACCAACUGGUUGGCAGGUGAUUUCUUGUGCAAGUUAAUACCAUUCCUACAAGUGACAGCCAUAGCGACCAGCAUGCUCACCAUGACUUGUAUUGCUGUAGAGCGUUUCCAGGGAAUCCUUUAUCCUCUGCAUGUCAGAAACAGCUACUUUCUUUGCCAUGCCUUCAAGAUGCUGGUGGUCGUGUGGUUGGUUGCCCUGGCAAUAGCUGCUCCCAUGUGGUUUGUUCAGAAAGUGGAGGUGAAAUAUGACUUUCUGUUUGAUGUCCACCACACCUGUUGUUUGGAAGUAUGGCCAAGCCAGCUCCAGAGGAGAGCCUACACUAGCUGUUUGUCGGUCCUGGUGUUUCUGGCCCCCUUGAUGACCAUGGCCAUCCUCUACUGGAAGAUCAUGAGGGAGCUCUGGGGCAAGCACAAAGUACACAACGUCAUGUUUCAAACACUCCCAGGAUCUGAAAUUAACAAGAUUACCAGGAGGAAGAAGCGUGCGGUAAGAAUGAUGGCCACCGUGGUGCUGCUCUUUGCCGCCUGCUGGGCACCUUUCCAUCUGGUCUCCCUCCUGCUUGACUAUGGUCGACUGGACGUUGACCUUGACUCUGAGUUUCUCCUAGUAAGUGUGGUUCAGAUCCUGGGAUUCAGCAACUCUGUGUGUAACCCGCUGGUUUAUGCUGCCCUCAACACCACCUUCAAAAGGGACCUGCUGGCUCUGCUCACUCGAGGAUGCUCUGGUGCAAGAGGUUGCUGCUGUAGCUCAUGCUCCUGUUGGUCCUGGAGGAGUCACAAAAGAGUGGGCAUCUCAGCAGUGGAAUCAGUGGAACUCAGACGGGGCCUGGAGACAAAAUGCAGACAGGGAGGGAACAGAUCGUGGAGCAAACCAGCAUGGGAGGGUGAACCAGAGAGGCCUACAUCUAACACGUUUCCCCCCAUGAACCUUCUAAGCGCCAUCAGACCCCAAAAGACCUCCAGUACCAUGAUACUAAGUGUUAUUGACCCUCCACACACAGACAGCACAUCUGGGUCUGACCGGCCUCUCACAUGCAUACUGAGCGAGUGAAUGUCAGCAGAAUGAGAUUGUAAUGAUUCCUGAAACUUGUCUUAGAAGACUAGAAUCCUUCAGGAG